GCUGCGAGAGGCGUGUGCACCUUCCUCCGGCCUCAGCAGCUCUGUCAGCUCCUCCGAUGGUACAGCCUGACUCUGCAGCUGGGACGCGAACAAGCAGCACAUAGAAGCAGAAGGAGAGGCAGGCAGGAAGGCAGGCAGGCUCGCACGGUUGGAAGGAGGGGAAACGCACACACCACGCCAUGGGAUGCUGCAACAGAAGGUGCGGGCUGAUAGCCGGAGCCGUGUUUGGCGCUCUGGUAACCAUCCUGGGAGGCAUCCUCAUCCCGGUGGGGGACAUGAUCAUUGAGGAGACGGUGAAGAAGGAAGCCACCAUCGAGCCCGGAACCAUCGCUUAUGACAACUGGGUGGCUGCGGGAGCAAAGGUGUACCGGCAGUUCUGGUUCUUUGACGUGCAGAACCCAAAAGAAGUGGAGCUGGGCGGGAAACCAGUGCUGAUGGAAAAAGGACCCUACACGUAUCUGACACGAUUUCUCGCCAAGGAGAACAUCACAUUCUUCCUCAAUGACACGGCCUCGUUCCUGCUGCCUCAAGCUGCCAUCUUUGAGCCGUCCAUGUCUGUAGGACCAGAGGAAGACAUCAUCUCAUGUCUCAACCUUGGAGUGGCUGGAGCUUAUUCACUUCUUCCUCCCAACAUGCUGGAGUUCCUGACCUCUCAGGGGAAAUACUCCUUGUUUCAAAGGCGGACAGUUCGUGAGCUGCUGUGGGGCUACAAAGACCCGUUGCUGUUCGGGAUGCAGAUGGGUCUUUUCUCACCCUACAAUGGAACUUAUGAUGGAUACUACAAUGUAUUCACCGGCAAGGAUGACAUCAACAAAGUGUCACAGAUUGACAUGUGGAGGGGAAACAGCAACCUCGGCUUUUGGAAUGACUCUUAUUGUGACAUGAUCAACGGGACAGACGCUUCGUCCUUCGCUCCCUUUCUGGACAAGGAGAAGCCGCUCUAUUUCUUCUCUUCAGACAUUUGCAGGUCCGUCUCAGCCAGCUAUGAGCAGACGCUGGACCUGAAAGGGAUAGAUGUGUACCGCUACUCCCUCCUCCCGACCACGCUGGCCUCCCCCGUGGACAACCCAGACAACAGAUGCUUCUGCAAAAACAUGCAGACCACAAAAAACUGCACUUUGGCUGGAGUUCUGGAGCUCAGCACCUGUCAGCAAGGUGCCCCCAUCUACAUCUCUCUGCCCCACUUCCUUCACGGCAGUGCCAUACUGAGGGACAGCGUGGUAGGCCUCAACCCGCAUCCGGAAAACCACAAAACCUUCCUGGAUGUGGAGCCAAUCACCGGGUUCACUCUAAACUUUGCCAAAAGAAUUCAAGUGAAUAUGAUGUACGGACCAUCAGAUGUCGUCACACUCUUUAAAAAUAUCUCAGACUACAGCAUACUUCCUCUCGUUUGGAUGAAUGAGACGGCAACUUUAGACGACGAGACCGCAGACAUGUUUAAGAAUGAACUUUUUGGCCGGAUCAACAUGUUGGACAUCAUACAGAAGGUCAUGAUGGGAGCAGGCGCCGGCAUCUUCGUCCUCUGUCUCAUCUUCUACUUCUUUGCGAGGAGGAGCCACAACCGGGGCAAGACUGCGUGACGGCGGCGUGGAGCUUCCUCGCCGUUCGGUCCGUGCAAAGGCACAGUGCACUCAAGCUGCUAUCAGCCGUCUUAAUAUGGACCUGCACUGUUUGGUUUUGAACUUCAUCAUUAUUUAUGAUGCCUUGUUUUUAGGUUUUAAAAAGGGGGUUUGGGGGGUAUACUGUGAUUUUUGUACAGCUCAAGAGAGAAUUGUUUCGCCAGAUUUCCUUUGAACUGCAGACUCUGUAACAUGAACUCAUAUCUUUUGCUGAGUGACUUUAUUCAGAGGUAAUAAAAGCUGGAAAAGGUGAGUCAGUGAUUGAUUUGUUUAAAAAAAAAUCUGUUUAUGGUGUCACAGCUGAUUACUUGGUUUGAACUAUUCUUCAAUAUGAUGUUUUAGUUUUUUUUCCUUUAAACUUUACAUUAUUUGUCCAUUAAGGUCCAAUAAUUGUUGAGUAAAAACUGAAUAAACACUCACAUCCAUUGGUGGAGGUGGUAUGAUGGUA